CCAGACGUGGCUGAGCUCAUCCCGACCCUCUCAGUCCUCCUAUUGCGCACCAUCACUGUCCGUCGUCCCUCCCAUCGUCUGUACCUCCCAUCUGCUUGUUUUUAAUCCAUUGAGGCUUGGUUUCCUGGCGAGCCAUGUCGGCCUCUCAGAACGCGCAGAAUCAACCGAAAAAGAUCAGGAUUACGGUUGUUGCGGCCGAUGGUCUUUCCAAGCGCGAAGUCUUCCGCUUGCCUGACCCCUUUGCGGUCAUUACGGUCGAUGCGGAGCAGACGCACACCACUAGCGUUAUCAAGAAGACGCUCAAUCCGUACUGGAAUGAGAGCUUCGACAUUUUCGUGAAGGACUCGUCUGUCAUUGCGGUUCAGAUCUUCGACCAACGCAAGUUCAAGAAGCGGGACCAGGGCUUCUUGGGUGUAGUGAAUAUUCGUGUCGCCGAUGUGAUCGACCUCGAGCUAGGCGGGCAUGAGAUGCUCACAUUGGACCUCAAGAGGUCGAAUGACAACCUUGUCGUCCACGGCAAGCUCAUCCUCUACCUGUCAACGAAUGUCAGUCAGCCCAUCAGCAAUCCCGGCCCGUCGCAAGUGAACGGCGUCACCGAGACGCUCUCGGGCUUGUCGCUCAACUCAUCGUCAUCGGCGGCAGCCAGCACCAACAACCUUUCCGCGGGCGGCUCAUUAUCUCGCACUCCCAGUGCCCAUGAGACAGCUGCCUCGGUGCAGGCAACCAUGCCUCAGCCUCAUGUGACGCCUGCACCUGUAGCAGCCGCAGAGCCUGAGCCGACUCCGCCACCUUCUCGUCCGAUCAGCGCAAUUGCGACUCCUCCGCCCGCUAUAACAGCCGAAACGCAGGUGCCCGCGACCAGUCCCAGUGCAGCGGGCCAUGCUGCAUCCAACAACAACGCGCAGCUCCGCAACUUCAACCCGCAUGUUGAUCAGUACGGUCCGUUGCCAGAUGGCUGGGAGCGCCGAAUCGAUCCACUCGGCCGGACGUACUAUGUCGACCACAACACACGGACCACGACAUGGAACCGACCAUCCUCCAGCCAGAGGGCGAACACGCACGCCCAGGACGGGCAGACCAACGCUGCGCGCGACCAGCACAACCGCCGGAUCCUCGUCGACGACAUGCUCGAGGCGACCAACACAGCUAGCAACACCAGUACACCCGUCUCACGCCCCCCGACGGCGAACACUGCUGCUCAAGCGGUCGCUGCAAGCCAGCAUCAGACGAGCGGCGGCGGCGGGCCGCUCCCCGCUGGCUGGGAGGAGAGGUACACGCCCGAGGGCCGGCCGUACUACGUGGACCACAACACUCGCACGACGACAUGGGUGGACCCGCGGCGGCAGACGAUCAUCCGGGUCAUGGGCCCGACCGGGCAGAACACGGCGCUGCAGCCGCAGACGAUCUCGCAGCUGGGCCCGCUGCCGUCUGGGUGGGAGAUGCGCCUGACUUCAACGGCGCGGGUGUACUUCGUGGAUCACAACACAAAGACGACGACGUGGGACGACCCGCGACUGCCGUCGACGCUGGACGCGAACGUGCCACAGUACAAGCGCGACUUCCGCAGGAAGCUCAUCUAUUUCAGGAGCCAGCCCGCGAUGCGCGCGCAGCCGGGCAACUGCCAGAUCAAGGUCCGGCGGAACCACAUCUUCGAGGACAGCUAUGCGGAGAUUAUGAGGCAGACGCCGAGCGACCUGAAGAAGCGGCUGAUGAUCAAGUUCGACGGAGAGGACGGUCUGGAUUAUGGUGGUCUCUCGAGAGAGUUCUUCUUCCUGCUCUCGCACGAGAUGUUCAACCCAUUCUACUGUCUGUUCGAGUACUCUGCGCACGAUAACUACACACUCCAGAUCAACCCCGCCUCCGGCGUCAACCCCGAGCACCUGAACUACUUCAAGUUCAUCGGGCGGUGCUUGGGCCUGGGCAUCUUCCACCGUCGUUUCCUCGACGCAUACUUCAUUACUGCGUUCUACAAGAUGAUCCUGCGCAAGAAGGUGACGCUCGCAGAUCUGGAGAGCGUCGACGCAGAGCUGUUCCGCGGGCUGACGUGGAUGCUCGAGAACGACAUUACGGACGUGAUCGACGAAACGUUCACCACGACGGAGGAGCGCUUCGGCGAGAUGGUCACCGUCGAGCUCAAGCCCGGCGGUGAGGACGUCCCCGUUACGGAGGACAACAAGAAGGAGUACGUCAACUGCGUCGUGGAGUACCGUAUCUCGCGCCGUGUCAAGGACCAGUUCGACGCGUUUAUGUCUGGGUUCAGCGAGCUGAUCCCUCAGGACCUUGUCAACGUGUUCGAUGAGCGCGAGCUCGAGCUUCUCAUCGGCGGUAUGUCUGAGAUCGAUGUCGACGACUGGAGCAAGUUCACGGACUACCGCGGGUACGAGGUGAACGACGAUGUCGUACAGUGGUUCUGGAAGUGCGUGCGGAGCUGGCCGCCGGAGCGCAAGUCGCGGCUGCUGCAGUUCGCGACGGGGACGUCGCGUAUCCCCGUCAACGGGUUCAAGGACCUGCAGGGUUCGGACGGCCCGCGCCGGUUCACGAUCGAGAAGAGCGGAGACCCGAGCCAGCUGCCGAAGAGCCACACGUGCUUCAACCGCAUCGACCUCCCGCCGUACAAGGACUAUGCGACGCUCGAGCAGAAGCUCACGCUGGCGGUGGAGGAAACGGUCGGUUUCGGCCAGGAGUAGAUACGCAAUUCCUACGCACUUCCUCUCCAUCUCUCGUCCCUGCAUGCUCAUCUGUCCCCUGUCUCAUCUUCGCCGUUUUGGCCUAUGCCCCUAUUCACAACCUGGUUUAUGUCACCAUCAUUCCCUCACCAGUCUCUAGUCUCCCUGUAUGCGCCCGCCCGCCCACGGAAGGAAAUGUAAGCUUACAGAGGCCCGCACUACGUACUUAGAGGCCGUCGGACGCUGGCUCGCUUGCCCAGGGGUUGUACAUCAGUCGCUUGUUCGUUCGUUCGUUCGCACAGAUAGGUGUCUAAUACAAGGUCCUUUAAUACUGCUACAU